AUAAUUAAUUUCUUAACAAAGAAACCAUCAGUCAAUUACUUAUGGUUGUUGAGGACAAGCGGAAGGGGAGGUGAAGGAAGCUCAAAACUCUUCACACUCUUCUUUUCUCUCGUCCUCAGCUUCUCCUUGUCACUCCCCAACCGACUCUCCUUCUUAUCCUUCUUCUUCCAAGCCAAGCGAAACCUCUAUAAAUCUCCACCCUCCUCCUCCUCUGACAAAGUGACCACCUUUCUUCUCUUCUCCUACUCCUCUGAGAUCUAUAGAAGCAGGGUAGUGGCGGCGAUGACCAACGACAUCGAAAGGGGCGGCGGCGGCGGCGCCGGAGGCAAGGGAAGGGGCGGCGGCGGCGGCGCCGGAGGCAAGGGAAGGGGCGCCACCGGGUACUAUGGCGCUGUAAACGGCGCGGCGGCGCCGUCGCCUUUCUACUACGACGCCGGGUCGUCGGCGAAGCGGGAGUGGACUUCGUGGAUCGUCCCCAUGAUCGUGGUGGCGAACGUGGCGGUGUUCGUCGUGAGCAUGUACGUCAACAACUGCCCCGACCAGCGGAACCCCGUUCGUCGCUGCGUCGCUCGUUUCCUCCACCGCUUUUCCUUCCAGCCCCUCCGGGAGAAUCCCCUCAUCGGGCCAUCCUCCUCCACAUUAGAGAAGUUGGGGGCUCUCGAUUGGGACAAAUUGGUGCAUCAGCAUCAAGGAUGGAGGCUGGUGACUUGUAUCUGGUUGCAUGCUGGUGUUGUACAUCUGCUUGCUAAUAUGCUAAGCCUGAUCUUUAUUGGAAUUCACCUUGAACAGCAAUUUGGAUUCGUGAGGAUUGGGAUAAUAUACCUUCUCUCAGGAUUUGGUGGUAGCGUCCUCUCAUCUCUAUUCAUUAGAAACAGUAUUUCUGUUGGUGCAUCUGGUGCUCUGUUUGGACUUCUCGGAGCAAUGCUGUCAGAACUCAUUACAAACUGGACUAUAUACACUAACAAGGCUGCGGCUCUGUUAACUCUAUUGGUCAUCAUUGUGAUCAAUUUGGCUGUCGGGAUAUUACCACGCAUUGAUAAUUUUGCCCAUAUUGGAGGAUUUCUAACAGGAUUUCUCCUAGGUUUUGUACUACUGGUUCGGCCUCAGUUUGCUUGGCUGGAACGCCACAAUUUGCCCCCUGUAAGCCAGGUCGAGUCAAAGCAUAAAGCUUACCAGAAGAUAUUAUGGGUGAUUGCGCUGGUUUUGCUCGUAGCUGGAUUUGUGGUUGGCUUGGUAAUGCUCUUCCGUGGAGAGAAUGGAAAUGAUCAUUGUCAGUGGUGCCACUAUCUGAGUUGUGUGCCGACAUCCAGAUGGAGUUGCGGCCAUUGAGGACUGGGAUCUUCUUCAGGAGGGAGCUGAUAUUUAGCUUUACAGUUUGUUUGCUAUUACAUUUGAGUUACAUUUUGUUCAUUGGUACAUAGCUAGUUGUUGUUCAGGGACUUGUGAUCACUAUCUAGUUUCUUCCAUCAUACCUAUUGAUGUGCUGUAUUUUUUUUUUAAUUACUUACAUUCUUUAAUAUAUUAGAUUUUCAUUUACAGUCAGAUUUAUAUAAACUAUAAAACCUAUGUUGACGAAAA